AUGGAGCUGAGAGGGACCCUGGACCUGAGGGGUCAGGGGUUAGGGUUUGGGAUGCCAGCCAGUUCCAUAAUAACGGCAGUGCAGCAGAAGGAAUAUUCAGCCGGCAUCUGGCUUCGCAGGAAGGACAAACUGGAACAUUCUCAGCAGAAGUGCAUUGUGAUCUUUGCCUUGGUGUGCUGCUUCGCCGUACUGGUGGCGCUGAUUUUCUCGGCAGUGGACAUUUGGGGCGAAGAUGAAGACGGGAUCACAGAGGAGAACUGUAGCAGGAACUGCAGAGCAAUGCUUGUGGAGAAUAUUCCAGAAGACAUCUCCUUCCUAGACGAUGGCACAUCAAAUCUACCUCUCUUAGUGGGGCUGUACAACUUACUGGACCGAGCUAUCCGGGUCGUGGAGAUAGUUUCCCCACUGUGGCUCCUCAACUCCUCCGAUUAUGAAUCCAGCUUCCAGCCUGCUGCCAGACAGGGCAGGGCUCUGCUGUCCAGGCUCCAAGGACUGCAUGCUAAAGGAAUCCAGCUGAAGAUCUCCAGCGGGAUGAUCGACUCGACUGAGCUCAGGAUGCUCGCCAAACACAAUGCUGAAAUCCACUAUCUGAACACGACAGCGCUGACCAACGGCAACCUCCAGUCCUCCUUCUGGGUGGUCGACCGGAAACAUUUCUACAUCGGCAGCGCCAGCAUGGACUGGAGAUCCCUUGCCACAAGGAAGGAGCUGGGUGUGUUGGUGUACGACUGCAGCUGUCUGGCUCUGGACCUCCACAAAGUGUUCAGCCUCUACUGGGGGCUCCAGUACAGAGACUUCAUCCCCUCCUUCUGGUCCAAGCGAGUCUUUGCCCUCUUUAGCAGGGACGCACCGCUGGAGCUCACUCUCAACAGCACAAAGGCUCAGGCCUACGUCUCUACCUCCCCAGAUGUUUUUCUCCCCAAACAUCGUAGUAGUGAUCUUGAAGCCAUUUCCAGGGUCAUCCAGGAGGCCCGCCAUUUCAUAUAUAUCUCCAUCAUCGAUUACCUGCCCCUCUUCAACCACAACGCUCACAGGUACUGGUCCCGUAUCGACAGUCUUAUCCGGGAGGCUCUGAUCCUGAGGAAGGUCCGGGUCCGGCUGCUGAUAAGUUGCUGGGAAAAGACUCAUCCACUUACUGUCAACUUCCUCUGGUCCCUGAGGAGUCUGUGCAUGGAGCAGGACAACUGCUCACUGGAAGCUAAGUUCUUCAACCCCAGAGAGCAGAGGGACGGCAGUCUCCAGGGAAUAAACCACAACAGGUUUAUGGUGACGGACAGAGCCAUUUAUUUAGGUAACCUGGACUGGGUGGGGAAUGAGUUUACAUUUAAUGCAGGAGCAGGCCUGGUGAUCAGUCAGCCAGAGGGCUUCGAGGAGAGGAACUCUACGGUGGUGGAGCAGCUAAAGGCUACAUUCGAGAGGGACUGGUUUUCACGUUACACCCUUUCACUACAAGCCAAUAAGAUCCCCGUCUGCAACAAGCACCAGAGCAACCUGCCACUCAAAACUGGCCACCUAGACAAUGGACCAGUGCCUAUCAGAGCGGGCCAGCAUGAUAACGGACCAGCACCAAUGAGACACAGUCACAAAGAUGCUGGACAGACGCCAGUUAAAACUAAGCUCCAUGACGACAGAUUAAGCAAAAUUGGUCACCAAGGCAAGGGAAGUGGACUGGUGCCAAGUAUAGCAAGUUACCAAGAGAGGGGACGUGUCAAAAUGAGUCACCUUGAGAACAGACAGGUACAAAUCAAAGGUAAUCACCAUGACAAUCCAAUGGAUCCACCCAGUCAGCCGGCCGAGAGCAGCGGCAGCAGAGAGAUCAUCAACGGGUCCCUGUGACCACGAGACAUGAUGAUGAAAACUGGACUUAACACACCGGGUCUUUGUAGCAUUUUA